AUGCUAGAGAAGGACCUCCUCCCCAACGUGGCAGACCCGGAGACAAGGGUCUUUUACCUCAAGAUGAGAGCGGACUAUUACCGCUACAUUGCGGAGUUUCAUCCGGAGAGAGACGACUGCGCUGAAAAAGCGCGCUGGACUUCUCAGGAGGCUUCUGCAGCGUGCCAGGAGUGUCUUCCGGCAACGCACCCGACCCGUCUGGGUAUGGCAGUCAGUCAGGCGGUGUUCCACUACGAAAUUUUGGGACAAACCUCUGCCGCUGUUCAGAUGGCCAAGCAGGCGUUUGAUGAUGCACUUGCGGAGCUCGACGGCGUCCCUGAAGAGCACUACAAGGAUGUGGUUCUCAUCAUGUCACUUCUGCGAGACAACCUCGCACUAUGGACAACUGACAUGCAAUCAUGA